AUGCUCAAAAGGAAGCAGAGCUCCAGGGUGGAAGCCCAGCCUGUAACUGACUUUGGUCCCGAUGAAUCGCUAUCAGACAAUGCUGACAUACUCUGGAUUAACAAGCCAUGGGUCCACUCUUUGCUGCGCAUCUGCGCCAUCAUCAGCGUCAUCUCUGUGUGCAUGAACACACCAAUGACCUUCGAGCACUACCCUCCGCUUCAGUAUGUGACCUUCACAUUGGACACUCUACUGAUGUUUCUCUACACCGCAGAGAUGAUAGCAAAGAUGCACAUCCGGGGUAUUGUCAAGGUAUUUGAAAUUGCUGAUAUAGUUGAUCAGAUGUCACCGUGGGGCAUGCUGCGAAUCCCACGCCCAUUAAUUAUGAUCAGGGCAUUCCGGAUUUAUUUCCGAUUUGAACUGCCAAGGACCAGAAUUACAAAUAUUUUAAAGCGAUCAGGAGAACAAAUAUGGAGUGUUUCAAUAUUCCUGAUUUUCUUUCUGCUUCUUUAUGGAAUUUUAGGAGUUCAGAUGUUCGGAACAUUCACUUACCACUGUGUAGUGAAUGACACAAAGCCAGGGAAUGUAACCUGGAAUAGUCUAGCUAUUCCAGAUACGCACUGCUCUCCCGAGCUGGAAGAAGGUUACCAGUGUCCCCCAGGAUUUAAGUGCAUGGAUCUGGAAGAUCUGGGACUGAGCAGGCAAGAGCUGGGCUACAGCGGCUUUAACGAGAUAGGCACCAGCAUAUUCACUGUGUACGAGGCUUCCUCCCAGGAAGGCUGGGUUUUCCUCAUGUACAGAGCAAUCGAUAGCUUUCCUUGUUGGCGUUCCUACUUCUAUUUCAUCACUCUCAUUUUCUUCCUCGCCUGGCUUGUUAAGAAUGUCUUUAUUGCCGUCAUCAUUGAGACGUUUGCGGAAAUCAGAGUACAAUUCCAACAAAUGUGGGGCUCACGAAGCAGCACAACUUCCACAGCGACCACACAGAUGUUUCAUGAAGAUGCGGCCGGCGGGUGGCAGCUGGUAGCCGUGGACGUCAACAAGCCCCAGGGACGGGCCCCAGCCUGCCUCCAGAAAAUGAUGCGGUCCUCAGUUUUCCACAUGUUCAUCCUGAGCAUGGUGACUGUGGAUGUGAUAGUUGCAGCCAGCAAUUACUACAAGGGAGAAAACUUCAGAAGGCAGUACGAUGAGUUCUACCUCGCCGAGGUGGCUUUCACAGUCCUUUUUGACUUGGAAGCACUUCUAAAGAUCUGGUCUUUGGGCUUUACUGGAUACAUUAGCUCAUCUCUCCACAAGUUCGAGCUGCUUCUUGUUGUUGGAACGACCCUUCACGUGUACCCGGACCUUUAUCACUCCCAAUUCACAUACUUCCAGGUUCUUCGUGUGGUUCGACUUAUUAAGAUUUCACCUGCAUUAGAAGAUUUUGUGUAUAAGAUAUUCGGCCCUGGAAAAAAGCUGGGAAGCUUGGUUGUGUUUACUGCCAGCCUCUUGAUUGUCAUGUCAGCGAUUAGCUUACAGAUGUUCUGCUUUGUGGAAGAACUGGACAGAUUUACAACCUUUCCAAGGGCAUUUAUGUCCAUGUUCCAGAUCCUCACCCAGGAAGGGUGGGUGGACGUCAUGGACCAAACCUUGAACGCCGUGGGGCACAUGUGGGCGCCAGUGGUUGCCAUCUACUUCAUCCUGUAUCAUCUCUUCGCCACUCUGAUCCUCCUGAGUUUGUUUGUUGCUGUUAUUUUGGACAACUUAGAACUUGAUGAAGAUCUAAAGAAGCUCAAACAAUUAAAGCAAAGUGAAGCAAAUGCAGACACAAAAGAAAAGCUCCCUUUGCGCCUGAGGAUCUUUGAAAAAUUUCCAAACAGACCACAAAUGGUGAAAAUCUCAAAACUUCCGUCAGACUUCACGGUCCCUAAAAUCAGGGAGAGCUUUAUGAAGCAGUUCAUUGACCGCCAGCAACAGGACACCUGCUGCCUCUUCCGAAUCCUCCCUUCGGCCUCCUCCUCCUCGUGCGACCACCCUAAGCGCCCAGCAAUCGAAGAAAACAAGUACACUGAUCAGAAACUUCGCAAGUCUGUGUUCAGCAUCAGAGCGAGGAAUCUUCUGGAAAAGGAGACAGCAGUCACUAAAAUCUUGAGAGCCUGCACCCGACAGCGCAUGCUGAGCGGAUCAUUUGAAGGGCAACCAGCAAAAGAAAGGUCGAUCCUCAGCGUACAGCAUCAUAUCCGCCAGGAGCGCAGGUCACUGAGACACGGAUCAAAUAGCCAGAGGAUCAGCAGGGGGAAGUCUCUGGAAACUUUGACUCAAGAUCAUUCCAAUACAGUGAGGUACAGAAAUGCACAAAGAGAAGACAGUGAAAUCAAGAUGAUCCAAGAGAAAAAGGAGCAAGCCGAAAUGAAAAGGAAAGUCCAGGAGGAGGAGCUGAGAGAGAACCAUCCUUACUUCGACAAGCCGCUCUUCAUAGUUGGGCGGGAGCACAGGUUCAGGAACUUCUGCAGGGUGGUGGUCCGAGCUCGCUUCAAUGCAUCUAAAACAGACCCAGUCACAGGAGCUGUGAAAAACACAAAGUAUCAUCAACUUUACGAUCUGCUGGGACUGGUCACUUACCUGGACUGGGUCAUGAUCAUCGUCACCAUCUGCUCCUGCAUCUCCAUGACGUUUGAGUCACCCUUCCGGAGAGUCAUGCACGCACCUACUCUGCAGAUUGCUGAGUAUGUGUUUGUGAUAUUCAUGAGCAUUGAGCUUAAUCUGAAGAUUAUGGCAGAUGGCUUAUUUUUCACUCCAACUGCUGUCAUCAGGGACUUUGGUGGAGUAAUGGACAUAUUUAUUUAUCUUGUGAGCUUGAUAUUUCUUUGUUGGAUGCCUCAAAAUGUGCCAGCGGAAUCAGGAGCUCAACUCCUCAUGGUCCUUCGCUGCCUCAGACCCCUGCGAAUAUUCAAACUGGUGCCCCAGAUGAGGAAAGUUGUUCGAGAACUCUUCAGUGGUUUCAAGGAAAUCUUUUUGGUGUCCAUUCUCUUGCUGACAUUAAUGCUUGUUUUUGCAAGCUUUGGAGUUCAGCUUUUUGCUGGAAAACUAGCCAAGUGUAACGACCCUAACAUUAUCAGAAGGGAAGAUUGUAAUGGCAUAUUCAGAAUUAAUGUAAGUGUGUCCAAGAACUUAAAUUUGAAAUUAAGACCUGGAGAGAAGAAACCUGGAUUUUGGGUUCCCCGGGUUUGGGCCAAUCCUCGGAAUUUUAACUUUGACAACGUGGGAAAUGCUAUGCUGGCGUUGUUUGAAGUUCUCUCCUUGAAAGGCUGGGUAGAAGUGAGGGACGUUAUUAUUCAUCGUGUGGGGCCGAUCCAUGGAAUCUAUAUUCAUGUAUUUGUAUUCCUGGGUUGCAUGAUUGGACUGACCCUUUUUGUUGGAGUAGUUAUUGCUAAUUUCAACGAAAACAAGGGGACGGCUUUGCUGACCGUAGAUCAGAGAAGAUGGGAAGAUCUCAAGAGCAGACUGAAGAUCGCGCAGCCCCUUCAUCUCCCACCUCGUCCUGAUAAUGACGGCUUUAGGGCUAAAAUGUAUGACAUAACUCAGCACCCGUUUUUUAAGAGGACCAUUGCAUUGCUUGUUCUGGCCCAGUCCGUGUUGCUCUCUGUGAAGCACCCUUGUGUGCGCUUCAUCUUUUUUCUCCAGGUUACAAUGAAGAUCAUAGCGAUGUCACCUGCUGGCUUCUGGCAAAGCAGGAGAAAUCGAUACGACCUCCUGGUGACGUCCCUGGGUGUCGUGUGGGUGGUGCUUCACUUUGCGCUCUUGAAUGCGUACACCUACAUGAUGGGCGCGUGCGUGAUCGUCUUCAGGUUUUUCUCCAUCUGCGGAAAGCAUGUGACGCUGAAGAUGCUCCUCCUCACGGUGGUCGUGAGCAUGUACAAAAGCUUCUUCAUCAUAGUCGGGAUGUUCCUUCUGCUAUUGUGCUAUGCUUUUGCUGGCGUUGUUUUAUUUGGAACUGUGAAGUAUGGCGAGAACAUAAACAGGCAUGCAAAUUUUUCUUCAGCUGGCAAGGCUAUUACCGUACUGUUCCGAAUUGUCACAGGUGAAGACUGGAACAAGAUUAUGCACGAUUGCAUGGUUCAGCCUCCAUUCUGUACUCCAGAUGAAUUUACAUACUGGGCCACAGACUGCGGAAAUUAUGCAGGAGCACUUAUGUACUUCUGUUCAUUUUAUGUCAUCAUUGCCUACAUCAUGCUAAAUCUGCUCGUAGCCAUAAUUGUGGAGAAUUUCUCUUUGUUUUAUUCCACGGAAGAGGAUCAGCUUUUAAGUUACAAUGACCUUCGUCACUUUCAAAUCAUAUGGAAUAUGGUGGACGAUAAGAGAGAGGGCGUGAUUCCCACCUUCCGCGUGAAGUUCCUGCUGAGGCUGCUGCGAGGGCGGCUGGAGGUGGACCUGGACAAGGACAAGCUCCUGUUCAAGCAUAUGUGCUACGAGAUGGAGAGGCUGCACAAUGGCGGCGAUGUCACUUUCCACGACGUCCUGAGCAUGCUCUCCUACCGCUCUGUGGACAUCCGGAAGAGCCUGCAACUGGAGGAGCUCCUGGCACGUGAGCAGCUGGAGUACACCAUAGAGGAGGAGGUGGCCAAGCAGACCAUCCGCAUGUGGCUCAAGAAGUGCCUGAAACGCAUCAGGGCGAAACAGCAGCAGUCAUGCAGCAUCAUCCACAGCCUGCGAGAGAGCCAACAGCAGGAGCUGAGUCGCUUCCUGAACCCUCCCAGCAUCGAGACCACCCAGCCCAGCGAGGACACGAAUGCUAACAGCCAGGACCACAAUGCGCAACCUGAGACGAGCAGCCAGCAGCAGCUCCUGAGCCCUACUCUGUCGGAUAGAGGGGGAAGUCGACAGGAUGCCGGUGAUGCUGGGAAACCCCAAAGGAAGUUUGGGCAAUGGCGUCUGCCCUCGGCCCCCAAACCAAUAAGCCAUUCUGUGUCUUCGGUCAACUUGCGCUUUGGAGGGAGGACUACAGUGAAGUCUGUAGUGUGUAAGAUGAAUCCCAUGACAGACACAGCUUCCUGCGGCUCUGAGGUCAAGAAGUGGUGGACGAGGCAGCUGACUGUUGAGAGUGAUGAAAGUGGAGAUGACCUCCUAGAUAUCUGA